UUACCCUGGCUGUGUGUUGUGUGGGCGGAUAGAUGUGGUGUGUAGAGGGAGUUGUGUUACCCUGGCUGUGUGUUGUGUGGGUGGAUAGAUGCGGUGUGUAUCUGGAGGUUGUGUUACCCUGGCUGUGUGUUGGGGUGGAUAGAUGUGGUGUGUAGGAGAGGUUGUGUUACCCUGGCUGUGUGUUGUAUGGGUGGAUAGAUGUGGUGUGUAUCUGGAGGUUGUGUUACCCUCGCUGUGUGUGUUGUGUGGGUGGAUAGAUGUGGUGUGUAGUGGGGGGUUGCGUUACCCUGGCUGUGUGUUGUGUGGGUGGAUAGAUGUGUGCCCAGCAGACCCACGUGCUGUGCUGAUGGGUGAGAGCUGGAGAAAAACCACGGAGGAGAUCGGCACCGUCUAUGACAUCAAGGAGAAACUUGGGGCGGGGGCCUUCUCGGAGGUGUUCCUGGCCCGGGAUCGGGGCUCCCAGCGGCUGGUGGCUCUGAAGUGUAUCCCCAAGAAGGCGCUGCGGGGCAGGGAGGUGGCUGUGGAGAAUGAAAUCGCCGUGCUCAGGAAGGUCCAUCAUGAGAACAUUGUGGCUCUGGAGAACAUCCAUGAAACUCCCACACACCUGUACCUGGCCAUGCAGCUGGUGACGGGGGGGGAGCUCUUUGACCGGAUCGUUGAGCGGGGGCACUACACGGAGCGGGACGCCAGCCGCCUCAUCCAGCAGGUCCUAGAGGCCGUGAGCUACCUGCACCAGCUGGGGAUCGUGCACCGGGACCUCAAGCCUGAGAACCUGCUCUACGCUAGCCCCUUCGAGGACGCCAAGAUCAUGAUCACGGAUUUCGGGCUCUCCAAGGUGGAGUCGGACGGGGUGAUGGCCACAGCCUGCGGGACUCCUGGCUACGUGGCACCCGAGCUGCUGGAGCAGAAGCCGUACGGAAAAGCCGUGGAUUCCUGGGCGCUGGGCGUCAUCUCCUACAUCCUGCUGUGUGGUUACCCACCCUUCUAUGAUGACAACGACUCCGAACUCUUCGCCCAGAUCCUCAAAGGGGAGUUCGAGUUCGACUCACCCUAUUGGGACGACAUCUCAGAUUCGGCCAAGGAUUUCAUCCAGCAGCUGCUGCAGCGGGACCCCGAGAAGCGCUACACGUGCGACCAGGCCCUGCAGCACCCAUGGAUCGCGGGGGAUACGGCCCUGGACAAAAACAUUCACGGCUCCGUCAGCGAACAGAUCCAGAAAAACUUCGCCAGGACUCAGUGGAAACGAGCUUUCAACGCCACGUCCUUCCUGCGCCACAUCACCAAGCUGGGGCAGGGCCCUGAGGCCGACGAGCCAGAGGAGGAGGCACCAGGGGGGCAGAGCGGCGACUGGUGACCCCAGAGGUGCUGGCAUCUGCAUGAAGGACCAAACCCCAGACCCAGCUGCCAACUCUGGGGCUGCGGCAUCCUGGGACCACAGGCCCCCCCCCCGCCUCUCCCAACUUGCCCCCCCCCCACCCGGGCCCACUGGCUCAGGGGGUGACCAGAGCAAGCUGAGGCAUGGAUGGGGAGGUGUUAAAAGGAAAAAAAGCCCCCCGCCCCCCCCGCAGAUUGCAAUGAGACGUGGGCUGUGGGUCAGGAGUGAGGGACAUCAACAGAACUGGGGUGGGGGGG